UCCUAAUUCCUGCUGAAACAGUAAAUAAUAUCUGCAGAGGGCUUCGUAUCCUUAAACAAUGGAAUAAAGAUUGGUCUCCUUCUUUCUUCAUGACUGAUUACGAUCAGAAAGAGAUAACAGCAAUUGAGAGCACGUUUCCAGUAUAUCAGUGAGUAAGGUAAUAGAGUGUGAAUGCUUCACAAGCUUUUUUCUUUUUCCUGGCUUAUAUUUCACAUUGUAUUCAGUAUAUGUAAAAAAACAAAACAAAAUAAUAAUGAGGUUCAAGAAGUUGACCAUCAUGUUUUUUACUCAUCAUGAUUUUAUUUUCUUAUAGCCGUUAUACAUGAAAAAAGUUAUAUUUAAAGAAAUGUAUAAAUGGAAACAAUGCAUGUGCCAUGCUUUGGUUUGCCAUAUAUCUUUAUACUUACUGUUCAUAUUAGAAAGUUUAAUGUUAGUUUUUGCUCUAUGUUGUCAAAAAAAGAUAUGUUGUAAAAAAAAUAUUUUACAUAAGUAUUCCAACAUAAGCAACUUUUAGAUUAAGAUUUAAUGUGAAUUUAUACAAGAAAAUAAAAUCUUCCUGUUCAAUGAUAUUACCUACCCUUCCUUUGCCUUUCCUAGAACCUCAAUAUCAUUUUAUUUAAACCCUAAGGUAGAAAGCUAGGUGGAAGCUUUAUUAUUAACUGUAGUUAUAGAUUAUUUAAAUGUUUAACAAAAGACAAAAAUAUUUUUAUAUUGUUGGUGUUGUUUGUAAAGUUUGAUUAAAAAGCACUCUUUGUUUAUAGGCUAGCUUGAGUAUGAAGUGUUCAGAGGUAAGCUUUUGUGAUCACAUGUGUCUGUAAUUUUCCAGAAGUUCUUUAUGCAAUAUCUCUUAAACCUUUGGGUACAAUUUUGAUAGAUUUAUAAGUAUUGAUGACACAAAAAUUAUAUAGAUGAUAACUGUAUCAUGAUUACAUCAAAUUUCUGUUUGGCAAGAUUCAAGUUGUUAAUACUAUUUCUAAGGCUUCAGUAUCUUUAUGAGUAAAUAUACAUGUUUAAUGAGGUUAAAGUUUUCCAAAAACUGUAAUGUUUAUAAUGUUAUAUAUGCCUGUUAUAAUUUAUCUCAUUGUUUCAAGGGAGUUUAAUAUAAUUAGUAACUUCUGAUCAUGCUGAAAAAAGUGAGUCAUCAUUCUAGUGAUAAUAUAAAUAAAGAUGUAGGUUGAAACAGGUAUACUUUUAUUUGUAUUGUCAGUAUUCAAUAUUCAAAGAAUAAUCCCCUUCUCUAACAAAGAAUCUCAGGUGGGGAUUCAUCUUGCUAUACGUUUCUACACAAUUACUAUACAUUUUAAAUAAAACAAGGGAUAAUUUAGAGACAACUGGAUAUAGCCUCAAAUUUAAUGAUAUUUAUUUUAUAAGUAAAUGUUAUGGCUAUGCCUGUAAUAAUGCAGAAUAAAUCCGGUGUACAAUAAAACUAUUAUAAUAAAAUGUCUUGUUACCAGCAAAUGUAUAUCUACUUAAAGAUUGUAGAGCUGUUUGAAUAAUUAAUUAUACAAUGCUCAGUCUAUUCAUAAUAUUAUUUUGGACAAGAGUAGAUACUUUAUAUUUUACAAUUCAACAACAGAUGAGUCUUUUGGCAUCACACAAUUAUAAAAUUAAGAAACACGAUGAUAUUAAUUAUAUUAAUUAUCAAACGUAUAAAGAAAGCAUUUCUGGAUUAUCCCUUGUAUUUAACACAAAAUAUUUUAACUGCUGGUGAUUGAUUUUUCAAUUAAUGUAUUAUUAGUAUUAAUUUUAUCUUUACAAGUUUAUCUUACAAUUUCAUUAUAUCAUUGAAGGAAAACAUUCAAGCCCUUUUCUGAUCUUUUUUUGUGUGUUUUUACUACUAUUUUAAAUAUUUUUUUCUUUUUACUCUUUUUAAACCUAUGCUUUCUAUUUAUGUAUGUUUAUUUUCUUUUCUUACUAAGUUUAUUCAGAAAACUUUUGCAUCUUUUGUAACAUUCCUAUGACCGACAUUUUAAAUUCUCAAUUCAAAUCGUAAUGGCUUGCAUAUUACUUUGCUAUAUCCUUUAUUUUUCACAAGGCAUUUUUGUGCUGCCUCUAGAGAGCAGCAGUGAUAUAUAGGGAUCGUUUCUCCAUCGUCUGCUGUCUGUCAGUCUGUAACAAAACUACAAGACCUUAAAAACUACUGGUGCAAUUUCAUCCAAACUUUCAGGAAUGAUCCAGUCAAGAUGUCCAUAUUGUCGGCAUUUACCAGUUCAAUUGUUAGCUCUACUUUUUUUUUAAAAAAGAGCGAUAUUGUUAUAGUCCUGGCGGCAUUGCCAUUGCUGUCUGCAAACUUGUACCUGGGUCAUAACUUUUUGAGUUCUUGGUUAUUGUCUUUAUACUUAGCCACAAUAACCUUUGGGACAAGACCUUUCAAUAAACCACACUAACCUUGACCUUCAUCCAUAAAUGACCUUGACCUUCAAGGUCAAUUAUCCAAAUUUUGCUUGUUCUUGCUAUUUAUUAUUGGCUGUUAUUUUUGAGUGGAUUGUCUGCAAACUUGAACAUAAUAAUCUUCAAAGAUAUCCCUUAAAAAUAAGCAUACAGACCUUGACUUUCAAUCAUAAAUGACCUUGACUUUAAAUGGUCAAAUUAUUGAAAUUUUCAUUCUUUUGGCUGUUAUUGGCUGUUACAUUGUUAUUUUUGAAAGGAUUGUCUUCAAACUUGAACAUAAAAAUCUUCAAAUAUAGCCCUUAAAAAACAGACAGACCUUGCUUGACCUUCACUCAUAAAUGACCUUGACUUUGAAGGUCAAAUUAUUGAAUAUGUUUUUUUUUUUUCGGCUGUAACUGGAUGUAACUUUGCUAUUAUUGAAUUGAUUGUCUUCAUAUUAUAAAAGAACAUUCUUAAGGAUAAGACCUUCAUGUUUAUCAAACUAAAAUUGACUUGGGCUCUUUAAUGAUCUUGACCCUGGAGGUUAAAUUGAAAAAAAUGACCAUAUACAUUUAUUGGUGUGUAUGUAUAUACAUAUAUAUAUAUUGCGUAUAUACUAUAUAUGAUGCGUGUGUAUGUGUGUAUAUAUAAUUAUGUUUUUCUUUUCUUUUUUUUUCUCCUGUAAUACACAUGCGGAUAUAUAUAGAAGGGAUUCAUACUCUGACAAAAUUAAUUUGACAAGACAGACCGAUUAAAUUUAUGAAAAGGAAAGGUUAAGAUUUGUUUAAACAUUGUUUUUGUAGGAGUUACGUCCUGUAAUGAUUUUUUUAAAGUUUGUCAGGACUACUCCUCUUACACCCGUAAUGUAAUUUCAAUGAAACUUUACAUGAUUGAUCUGUAGUUCAAGUACUUGCGCAUAUUACACAGGUUUUCAGGAAUGCAGUUGGCUAUCAUGUGAAGACAAAUGUCAUCACUGAUGGCUCUUGUCUUAAUUCAUUGUUUCUUUUUUUUUCUUUAUUCUUUUUUUUGUUACUUGCACAUCUGAGGCUACCUAUUAACCCACACAUGAACAUUUUAUUUAUUAAUUUUUAUGUACUGCUAUGAUACCUUUAUAGGCUUGUGGUGUAAAAGUUAUAUUCCUUAUAUAUUACUUUUACAUGUACAUGUAUAUUUUUGGUAAUUUGUUGAAAUGACAUUUAUGUGAUUUUACUGUAGGUUUUUCAUUUUAUAUAAAGUUUGUAUAUGGUUUUCAUGUCUUAAUGACAAUUUCAGAUUGUUUUACAUACUUGUGCAACUUUCAUCGUGAGCAGUCUUGGGAGCGUUGGCUUAAAUCAUCCUGUACUGGCAUUGAUAGGAAAGAUGUGUUGCAAAAAUUUCGUGAUAUUGCAAAUGCAGACAGUGAGGAAAGUUUCAAAAUUGCUGUGACAUCUUUAAAAGAAACACAUUACUGGAAAGACAAUGAACAUAUGCGUGUAUGGUUUGAAAGGCAGUGGUUAUCUGUUUCAAAGAGAUGGGUCUUAUACCACAGACAGUCACUUCAAAACAUCAGGGUCACUACCACAAAUGGGCUGGAGAGACAGCACUGCGAACUAAAACAAAACUAUUUGAAGAAUUAUACCUCAGGAACUGUGACAAGCUUGAUUAAUACAAUUACUAACCAGUUCCUACCAGACAGCUUUAAAAGGUAUAUAGAAGGCAAUGUCAGAUGUUUGGACACAAGUCGUAUGUACUCUGAUGCAGUUCCGCAUUUUUUACGAAACAGACCAAAACUGUUUCUUGACCACUGCACCAAAAGGCUCCCAUCAGCCAUCAUGAUACCUUUAACUGAUAUAGCUGUGCUUUCUGGUCAGAAAUUUAAAGUUUCAGGAUCAGAUGGUUCUCAAGAAUACAUGCUUGACUUAUCUGAUUCUCUGCCAAAAUGUUCAUGUCCUGACUGGAAAAGAUUCCAUUUUCCAUGUAAGCAUAUGCUAUCUGUUUUGUUGAAAGUCGAAGGUUGUGGCUGGGAUGAUCUGAGUGAAGAGUUCACCGGAUCUCCAUUUAUAAAUGUAGAUAAAGUAGUGUGUAGUAAUACAUAUAUAUCUACCCCUGCUAGUGAACAAUCAUCUGAUGGUUUGAACUCAUCGUCUGAUAACCUUGAAACACCAACUAUAUCCAGAAGACAUGUCACAAACAAAUCUUUAGAACCAAAUAUGGUUGCUCUGGGUUCAAAGUGUAAGAUGAUAGCUUCAUCUAUACACAGUAUGUUGCAUCUCAUCCAGAAUGCCUCUGACUAUGAACCUGUUUACUGUGAUUUACUGUCUCUUCAUGCCAAGAUAAGGGCCUUGGUACCUAAAGAAGCAGGUUUGCUGAAAAGGCAUUCCAGGGCUGGCAAAAAACCAUAUAAGCAUGGUCUUCUUAAACCAAGGCGAAGGUACAGAAAGGUCUCCUCAAAGUCUUUGAAAUCUGUGAGAAAUGUCAAAAAGAAGUCAUCUGAAAGAGCGAAGGUUGUACCAAUUGAUUCAUUUUUUCAGACAGAUGAUGUUUCUACAGUUAUAACAGGAAAUACUUGUACACAAGAUUCUCAUGUAAAUGUUGAUGAGCACGGUAAAAAGGACAAAGAAUGUGCUAAAGAUGUUAUUGCUUGCAAUGUUAUACAGACCGAACAAAUGAGGCAGGAUUCUUGUCAAGUUAAACAUUUAGUUGAUAAGAUUUGGUCAUUAAAGAAGGAUUACAAUAUUCCUGUAGCAAAACCAUAUGGUAUUGUAGUGACAGAUGCAGACAUAAGAUCCCUAAAAGAUGGUGGAUGGCUUACAGACAAUAUACUGGACUGCCACCUCAACAUGAUUGUCACUGAAGCAGGCGAGCAGUCUCCUAGAAGAAAUGGUUUACACUUGGUUACAACACUAAUGACUUCCAUAGUUUCAGGCCAAUACCAGAUAAACCAAGAAAGGGGAUUCCGUUACAAACUUAGUGACUAUGACUUUGUUGUAGGAAUAUAUGGCCGCGGGGCACAUUGGACUCUCAUAUUGGCUGAAAUUUCCUCCACAAAACUGUUCUUUUACAAUCCAACUGGUGAGAAUCCAACAGAAAGAUAUAAGAUUCUAAAAAACUGGAGGAAGUUUAUUAGACAGUACAAUGCCAUGUGUUCAUAUGAGAAACUUCCAUUAGAAUGGUCAAUAACCUCAAGAAAACAUACACUGCAAACGGAUUCAAACAACUGUGGUGUUUUCUGUAUGCUGUUUGCAGAAAAGCAUAUUAAAGAAGUUGGAAUGGAAGCAAUAACUGCUGAUGAAUUGACUAAAUGUAGGAGGAAUGUGGCUGAAAAAGUUUUAUUUUUUGAAGACUGUAUAACUGACUGCUGUCCAAAAUGUGGAUUUUUGAUAGAGGAAGACAAUCAGAUACAGUGUGGAAAAUGUUACAGAACAUAUCAUUUCAAGCAGUAUUGUGUAGGGGAAGCAGUAGAGGGCAUGAAAAAUGAUGACAAAGAAUUUAUUUGCCAACUUUGUUCUAUUGGCCUUUGGGUACAUACUGGAAGGAUAAGAAAGAUUUCAGACAAAACAGUUCAAUUUACAAGGAAAUUUGAGGAUCAAGCAACAUUUGACUCAGAGUACCCUAAUCAGAUUCUUAUGGAUGGUCCAAAGAAAAAUGUGAGGAAGUCAUUAUGCUUGAAGAGAAAGAAAGAUGUUUCACAUGGAGAACCAUCCAAAAAGAGAAAAGAUUUUGAUUCUGAAGACAAAAAAGGUGAAAAAAAAGAAGGAUAUGCAUUUGCAGUUGAUGGAGAUUCAGAUGAUGAACCAGGUGAAGAUGAGUUCUUGUACAGCAAAAAAUCAGUUGAAGGAAUGAUUGAAAUUGCACUUGAGAGAGUCAAAAACAUUAUUUCUAUGAAAAACAGGGAUGCACCUUGGAUGAAAAGGCACUGUAGUUUUAGAAAAGGAGGUCGCUUUUUAAAAAGAGGAUUUGGUUUUGCUUUGUUCAGUCAGCAGGCUCUGUUUUUUGUAGAGCAAUGUUUGUUGGAACAUUUUUUUACAGACACUACAGGACUUGCAUACAGCAGACACGGGCGUGUCAUUGGCAUGGAAGAUGAAGCCAUGAUAAGGAUAUUUCAAAAUGACAGAUAUCUUGCCCAGAAUUAUAUAAAAGAAGUUUGUGUAAGAGAGGCUUUGUUGUCAAUCGUCUCAAAAACCUUAAAAUUAAGGUACAGUGAAUCGGAGGUUUUACUGACAGACACUGAAGGUCAGUCAGUAAUUGUGGCUUUGGAGAGGAGUUUUAAGAAAUGCAAGAUGAACAAAGAAAAGUGGUGUGGGAAGCUAGAUUCUUUUAAGGAAAGCAGAAUAAUAGCAUAAUGGAGUUCUGUACAGUAUAUUCCUGCUACUUCAGUCAGAUGAUUAUCAUAAACAACAUGGAAAUAAACAAUUUAUUUGUUAAUAUUUUUAUGGAACAGUUAGUAUGUAGAAGGCACGGAUGGACACCAAGAAUAGAA